AUGCUCCGCAGCUCCGCCAGCAUCACUGUGGAGGAGGAGGCACCGAUGACCCAAAAGGGCACGGAAGAGCCCUCCAAGGAGAAUCCUGCGGAAAUGCUUGUGGCGAAUGUCGUGAAUUACGGUGAAUUCUCAGAAGAUCCAUUUUCGGAGGACUCCAUCAUCUUCUCAUGCCCUCCACCCGAUGUUUCCGUGGCCGAUGCCGGCAAUGUGGAGCGAGAUCCAGAAGAGAAGCAUGAUGACGACCCUCCUUCCUUUCUUCCCAUCUCGAUGGAUCAUGCGUCGCAAGGUUCAUGGAUGGGCGCGCGCCCAUACGACGAUGAGGACGUUGUGCCAAUGCAGUCCCCAGUGCCAUGUGGCUCGCCGAAAGGCGAGCUUGCAGAGCCUGUGGCAGAGCCUGCGGCAGAGCCUUCGGCAGAGCCUUCGGCAGAGCCUGUGGCCGACGCGUUUCUCGACGCAGUCCAUGAGAAAGUCUUCGAGCUCACGCAGCCCGAGGCCGGUGGAGGCCAGACGCCUGCCAUGGCUUGGGAGUUGCGCAGCUGCCAGGACAGGGUCCUGGCGCCGGAGCUUCCAGGAACCAUCUCAGAGGCCGCAGAGCAGAGCACAGGCGAAGGUUUGAACGGCGGACUCCAGCAGCCGGAGGCUCCCUGCACUGAGAGGGAUGGCACACGAGCACGUAGACGCCAGCUGCAGGCGGACUACUCGAGCACCGACGUUGUUGCAAGUGCUGCUGAGGAGCCAGGGACCGGGCAAGAGCAGAGCAGUCAACUUGAAGUUCCAGAGCCGAAGGAUUCGGAUCAGCACUGUCCAGCUCAGGUGGUAGAAACCACUGGCAGCAUGGACGGAGCUUCAAGUGCAGUCCAGACCGAUGUAGCCACGGAAGCAAAGCCUGGUGUGGUGAAGGACAGCCGCAGCGCAGCCGAUGAGGAACAGUGCGACGGGGUCACUGCCGAGAGCAUGACGGUAGACUUCGAGGGAUACUCGAGAGCGGAGGCUGCCAGCCCGGAAGCGGAUGCGGUGGAUUCCACGGCCUCAGCGGAGCAGCCAGGUGACCUCAAUCAGGCUGAUAGCCAGGAAGUAGCUGAGCUGCGUGAGCAUAUCCUCGAGCUGCAGGAGGCGGUGGCAUCAAAAGAUCAAACAGUUGCGGCACAACAGCAGAUGCUGGAGGGCAAGAGCACUGACUUGAAGGCUCUGGAGGAUCAGAUUGCGCUGCUUCAAGCGACCGUCACAGAUCUCAAGGCAAACAUUGCUGAGCAGCCCGGCAAUCUGCAGGAGAGGCUGAAGGCGGCAGAGUGCCGGGAAAGCGAUCAGCUCUCCGAGAUCCAGAGCUUGCAGGUUGAGCUUUCCAGAUCAGCGUCAGAAAAGGCUGCCUCACAGCAGCACUGGGAGGAGCAGGUCGUGGAGCUCAAGAGGGUGGUUGCCGAAAAAGAUGCAGAGAUGACAGCACUGCGAACAAGCCAGCUAGGCAGGCAAGAGGAGGACCUGACAUGUGAUGAAGUGACCGUCGCAGACUUGGCAGGAGCGCCUGCACCUGGAAUCACUAUUCCGGUGGAAGCCCCCCCUGCAGAUGGCAAAAGCAAGGCGGACGAAACAGACCUCAAGAUUGCUGGCGCGGGAGAGCGCAUCCAUGCUCGGAUCACGGAGCCGCGGGCGAUGGCCAACAUCGUUCAGGCACAGGGAAGCGCCCCGGUGCCAGCUCCGUCCUUGGCAGUGUCUGGCGGAUCACGGCUUGUGGCCGUGGUGGCUGGCAGAACGAAUCCCGCAGCUCCCACUGCGCCGGCCGGGCUCGAUGCAGUCGGGCCUUGCUGCCGGUACGGGGCCGUUGGCUUCGCCAGAACGCGUCAACUCUCCGCGGACCGUGUCACCAUCGAACCGGGGCCCUUCCCUUUCACCAACGCUAACACCCAGGCUGGUCAAAACUGGCCCACCGCCACAUAUCCGGGACAGAUCGCCUCCAUCGCUUGGUCGGGCUCCAGCUUUGCCAAGAAGCUUCGCGUCAAGUGUACCAAGCUAUUCUCCAAGCAAUGGUCCUACGGGUUCCGCAGCGACAACAAGUGCCAGCGUGCCUUUGGUCUGGCAGCCUGUGCCAAUGGGACUCGGACUCCGAUGGCCUCAGGUGGCGGUGACCCAGUCCUUGAACACGGCUCGUCAGUCGCCACCUAG